AACUGCCCGACCCGCCGCCCGCCGCCCCGAGGAGAGGAGAGGAGAGGAGCGAGCGCCGCCGGCCCCGAGCGCACGAGCAAGCCGCGCCUGAGCCUCCCCGCGCCAUGUUCCAGCCCGCCGAGCUCGCCCAGGACUGGGCCAUGGAGGCGCCCCGGGACGCGCUGAAGAAGGAGCGGGUGCUGGACGACCGCCACGACAGCGGCCUGGACUCCAUGAAGGACGAGGAAUACGAGCAGAUGGUGAAGGAGCUGAAGGAGAUCCGCCUGGAGCCGCAGGAGGCGCCGCGGGGCGCCGAGCCCUGGAAACAGCAGCUCACGGAGGACGGAGACUCGUUCCUGCACUUGGCCAUCAUCCACGAAGAGAAGGCGCUGACCAUGGAAGUGGUCCGUCAAGUAAAGGGAGACCUGGCUUUUAUCAACUUCCAGAAUAACCUGCAGCAGACUCCACUCCACUUGGCUGUAAUCACCAACCAGCCAGAAAUUGCUCAGGCACUUCUGGAUGCUGGCUGUGAUCCUGAGCUCCGAGACUUUCGAGGAAAUACCCCUCUACACCUUGCCUGUGAGCAGGGCUGCCUGGCCAGUGUAGGAGUCCUGACGCAGGCCUGUAGCGCCCAGCACCUCCACUCUAUCCUGAAGGCCAGCAACUACAACGGCCACACGUGUCUGCACUUAGCCUCUAUCCAUGGCUACCUGGGCAUUGUGGAGCUUUUGGUGUCCUUGGGUGCUGAUGUCAAUGCUCAGGAGCCCUGUAAUGGCCGGACCGCCCUCCAUCUCGCAGUGGACUUGCAGAAUCCUGACCUGGUGUCCCUCCUGUUGAAGUGUGGGGCUGAUGUCAACAGAGUCACCUACCAGGGCUACUCCCCUUACCAGCUCACCUGGGGCCGCCCAAGCACUCGGAUACAGCAGCAGCUGUGUCAGCUGACCCUAGAAAACCUUCAGCGGCUGCCAGAGAGUGAGGAUGAGGACAGCUAUGACACGGAGUCAGAGUUCACAGAGGACGAGCUUCCCUAUGAUGACUGUGUGCUUGGAGGCCAGCGUCUGACGUUAUGAGCGUUCGAAAAUGGCUAAAAGAACAUGGACUUGUAUAUUUGUAAAAAAAAAAAAAAAUUUAUUUUUCUAAAAAAAGGAAAAAAGAAAAAAAAAAUCUAACAGUGUGCUGACAACCACGCAGUGCACUGCCUGACCUGAACCAUCUGACUGGUGGAUUGGCCAUCUUGUCAUCUUUUUGAGGUUUGGAAGGGGGACAAGAAAAGUCAUGGGAUUUUUUUUAAAGAUCUCACCUUUGUGAGGCUUUUGAAGAAAGUCAUCCAACAUUUACUGUAAGGACUAUGUUUAAUUUAUUGUGCUUUUUUGAUGGCCCACCAUGGAUCUAGUGGCCGAGAGCCACUUGUGGCCUGUGACCAGUAACAGUCAGGUGUGUUGUUAACGCUUUCAGCGGUAUUACCCUCCUGUAAAUGGUGUACAUGUGUAUUUUGUUGGUAAUUAUUUUGUUACUUUUAAGAUGUAUAUUUAUUAAACAGAUUUUUACAGAUUUAGCCAGAUUGUUUUCUUUGGGUUGUCGUGGGACUCUGUUCUGAGAGACAUUCACACCUCAGGUGAAGAUGGAGAAUGUGUAGGAGCUUUUAUCACAGUCAGCCACAGACCCUUUCAGAAAGCAGCUUCUCACUGUAGACACCAGCCUCCCAGCCACACUUCACAGGCAACCCUGGGGCCCCAUGUGUGGGUGUGGGGAGGAGGAGAAGGCUGUUGCGAGAUGAUAGGAAACACCAGUCUCGGGCUUGGAGUAACAGGAAGCUGACUGGCCUUUGACUGGAAGGUUCUCCAUUGUCAUUUGUUUUUAUCCCCUUGAUGUAAGCUAUUCCAGGACCCUUCCACUUUAGGAAACUUUUUUGACCAAAAGGAGUAUACUGACUUCCAUAUUUUACUAAAAGUAGCUAAGGUCAUGGACUCAGGAAUGGCACUAACAUUUAUUAGCAGGUAUCUGUGAGCCUUAGUUUCUUCAGUGGUAAACUGGGUUUCUGUGAAAGUGCCAAGACAAUAUACAUAAAAAGCACAGCAAAGUGCCAGGCACAUAGUCCUAAAGAUUCUGUAUUUCACAUGGAAAGAAACUGGUCUAGAGAGAAUGUUCUAUCCAGGGUCACCUUGCAGGAGAGUCAGGUAGUUAACUCUAAUACACUCUUUUGUUUUCAGGUGGUUAUUUUUAAAUAUAUUCCCAUCUCUAAGCCCAUUGAUACCAACUAUAGUAUAAAUGUAGUUAAAAAAAAAAUCCUUAAACUCUACAUCUGUUCAGUUCUGCUACUUCUAUUGGUGAUUUCACAGAAGUGGAAUAUUUUAAAAAAUCAAGUUUGUGAAGUUUGCUUUUAGACACUCUUUGUCAAUGUUUUCACUAACAGGCAUCUCUAGUAAAGUUUACAGCACUCUAUAAAAUACAGAAUGGUGUGUAAAUGUAACUCAUGUACUUGGGCUUACACCUAAGAAAACAUUACUAUUACAAUAAUUAUCCCUUUCAUUAUUUUUUGACACAAAUGAUGUCCAAGUCCAGUGAAUAUGAUCACCUUCCUCUCAGACCAAAAAUGAGCCAAAAGUGGCUCUUUAUAGUGACACUGUAGACUGGACUGGUCAAAGUCAGCUCUGUUCCCUUCCUGUACCCGCUGUUGCUGAGCACAGUGGUGGAGGCCUCUAGAGUCUUGCCUUCUCUCAAAGUGCCCCAGGCCCAUCACCAAAACCUGUCUAGCCCACCAUUCCUGAACACAGGUGUUUAUGACCUAGCACUCAAACCUCUAAGGUUCUACCUUUGGCAGAUGAGUAGAAGAGGAAAGUAGGGUGAGGGGAGGGAUAUUCACCUCAUAUUCAAUGGUUGGAACAAAGGUUGGAAACUUGGCUCCCAAUUUUGGAAUGAUGCCCUUACUGCCUCUCAGAGAUGCCCAUUUUUCCACUUAUAAUGGUGGUGAAUUAAAGUCAAGUCACCCAUAAAUUCAUUCCAGGUCUAUGCCAGAGGCUAGGAAAAACAGGAGCAAAAGAUAUGGCCCACUCUUUCUUAAACUCCGUGACCAGUCUUAAGUCCGGGAUUCGCCUUCCCUAUCGGCCCAGCCUCUCACUGUUACAGACUUCAGCUUUUCUUCUCUUCAGGACCCCAACCUCAGGGUGGAUUCUGUCUGUAUAAAUCCUGCGGUAGCUGGGCCCAGUAAAGGACUGAGGUCAGUCCCACAUUUUUAAGUUUACAAUACUUCCUGACUCUCUCCUUUUUUCUUUUUAUUUUAAACAUUCUCUCCUUUGUGCUUCUUUUUCGGGUGGCUGGAGCCCGGAGUUCCCUAAAGAAAAAUUUUAGAACUGAAGCAUUCUAAUCUGCAGAAAGUCUUUCUCAAAUUUCUAACCAAACCAGAACAAAAACUUUCAAAAAAAGCAAUUCAGCCUUCUGAGAACAUUUUAUGCACUUUGGUUUUCUCCAAGAAGCUAAAGAUUCUAUCAGGACAGGAAAACGCAAGGAAGCCUCGGGAAAGGGGGAAGUGACAUGAGGAAAAUAAAA